AUGAGUGACUCGACUAACACAACUGUUGUCUUUAUUACCGGCGUGGGACGAGGUAUGGACUUUUUGAUCUACCUGUUUUUGACUACAGAAGUACUCACAUUCGCAAAUUUUACAGGAAUUGGUAGAAGUAUCCUUGAAGCUUUUCUUCUUCGCCCUAAUUACAUUGUCAUUGGAAGUGUUCGAGACAAAACGUCUGAGAAAUACGAAGAGCUGAAAAGGCUUCCAACAGCCUAUGGAUCUCGCCUACUCCUUAUCAGCAUCGAUAGUACAAACAUGGAUGAUCCGCAGGCAUCUAUCAAGGAUAUCGAGGCCGAAGGUAUCACUCAUGUUGACGUUGUGAUUGCAAAUGCCGGUAUCACACCAUCUGCUGGGCCUUUAGAUAAAGUAGCGAUUCAAGAUGUGUCGGAUGCACUUUCUAUUAAUGCAAUGUCCCCGAUUCAACUCUACCAUGCUACGCGCCCGCUCCUAGAGAAGUCGUCCCGACCUGUCUGGUUUUCUAUGACCAGUGCAGCUGGAUCGAUCGGAAAUGUGGAGAUGCACAAUGCUCAUUUCCUUCUCGCUUAUGGUAUCUCAAAGGCUACUAUGAAUUUCUUUACAAAGCCUGUUCAUGCUGCGCAUGCAAAUUGGAUUGCAUAUGCGGUUCAUCCUGGGCUGGUUCGAUCUGAAAUGGGUAACGAAGGUGCGCGUUUACAGGGGCUGGAAAAGGCACCCGUCACUUUGGAGGAUUGUGCAACAAAUAUUCUGGCUCCUAUUGAUGGGGCUACGAGAGGAAAGACAUCGGGAAGGUUUUUGAACUUCACUGAUAACUCUGAGUUGCCAUGGUAG